AUGGCAUCGUCGUUGUACUUGCCCACUCGCAUAGCUUCUAGCUCUUGCUUCAGCCAACGGCGUCAAGCUUGUUUUCAGCAGCCAACAAAACCCUCGGCUCUCUUUCACCCCCUCACAAACCGGCGAUCGCCCAGCAGCUUUAAGCUAGCCGUUGGAGCGUCGAAGUCCUCCCGCAUUCAAUGCAGUCACGUGCGCGACGUGAACACGGAGGAGUUGGAUCAUCUGGUGACCGGCGAGCGAGAGACGCCUCUCGUUAUUGACUUCUGCGCUGACUGGUGCGGGUCGUGCGACAUCCUCUCCGAGCAACUGGAAGAGUUAGCGGAGGAGUACGACGGGCGCGUGCGGUUCGUUCAAGUGAACACGGAUCAGGAAUACGACCUCGCAGACCAGCUCGAGAUCCGCGGCCUUCCAACCAUGGUCUUCAUGGGCCGACACUCUCCCAAACUGACGCUCUCCCCGGCGUUGCCCCUUCGUUUUGCCCACCUCUCCCGCGCUCACGGCGCCGCGCCCAGUCACGCCGCCCCCAGCGCUCACGCCGUCCGCACUAGGCAGGUCAUGCCAGUCACGCUUAAGGUCGCUGGCUCUUGGUCCGGGCAGGUCGAAAUUCCGUCCCUGACCGAAUGGACCGUGUGCGAGCUGCGGGCGGAGCUUUCGCGCCUGUCCGGGAUCGACGCGGGCAGUUUAAAAAUCAUCUGCGGUGGGCGCACGCUUAAAGACGAGGCGGAGGCGGAGGGAGAGGCGGAAGGGGAGAGGGGGCGAGCGGGGGGAGCGUCGACGGGGGCGGAAGAAACAGUUGCGGAGGGGAAUACUGGGGAUGUUGGGAAGGGGAAUAGCGAGGGGAAUGGGGAAGGGGAGAAGGGGGAGGGGAAGGGGAUGGGAAAUGCGCUGGGAAAGCGGAAGGGCGGGCGAGGGAGGAGUUUAGAGGAGGUUGGGGUGAGGGCAGGAUCACGUCUUUUGGUGACAGGUGGCGGCAGGCGGUUGGGCGGCGAGAUUGCGGCAGAGGGGAAGCGAGUGGUGGAGGAGGAAGCUGCGAGGAAAGAGAGGGAGGAGAGGUUGGCACGAGUGAGGGCUGCAGCAGCAUUCAGCAUCUGCGAUGCCAAGAUCACAGAGUCUAUAGACAACAUCCCCAUGCUGCUAUUGGACAUCGUAUGGUGCCACUACAUGACAAAAAAUGUCGCCAGUCUAGCAUCCGCUAAAGGACGGCUUGCUGCCGCCCGGUCUGCUCUGCGCAAGGCGCACGGCGCAGACAUGUCACGGCUGAGGUUGCUUCAGGGAAACUUCCGACCCGAGCUAGCCACGUACCUCCGUCUCGACCUAUUAGACGCCAUUGCAGCAUACCACAGUGGAGACCUGACGCGAGCCCGCCCGCUACUAGCAUCAGCCCAAUCCCUCUUUCAGCAGCUGCAGGUUUCAGACGAGUCAUUGGCCAGCCUGGCAGGCAUGGGCUUCUCGGCCAAUGAGGCGAGGCGGGCGCUGCGCGUGGCGGGCGGCGACGUGAGCCGGGCGGCGGAGUUUGUCAUCUUGCAACGGCAGCGGGAGGCAGAGAAGGCAGAAGAAGACAGAAGGCAGAGGCGGAUGGAGAGGGAGCAACGGGCCUAUGGGAGGACGCCACGUGGCAAGAAGGUAGACAUGCGGCUGCUGGACGAGCUGGCUGCGUACGGCUUCACUCGGCGAGUGGCAGCAGAGGCACUCAGGCAGAGUGAGAACCAUCACCAGAGCGCCCUCGACGCCCUUCUUGACCCCAACUCUUUGGCCGCUCUAGAGGUAGCAGUGGCAGAGGGGAAAGCGGAUGGUGGCAGGAGGAGGCACAGCAGAGGCGGUGGUGGUGCUGGUGCUGGCGGUGCUGGCGCUGGUGGUGCUGGCGGCACGUGUUCUGAUGACUCAGUGGCAGCUCUGGUUGCUCUGGGCUUCUCUGCUCACCAAGCCCGGCGUGCCCUAGAGGGCAGCAGCAACGACGUUGAAGCAGCAGCAGCAGCUCUGCUUCAAGGGGAGUAUGGGGAGGCUGGAACUGGGGAGGGCGGGGGCAGUGGGGAAGGAGGGGAAGGGGAGGAGGGGAACGGGGCAGGGGAACGGGGCGCUGGGGAAGAGGGGAUAGAGGGAACUGGAGGAGCAGGGGGGAUGGAUGUUGAUGGAGGGGAAGGGAGUGAGGGAGGGAGUGAGGGGAGUGAGGAGGAGGAGGAGAGGGAUGAGGAGAUGGAGGGGGAAAUAAGGAAGGGCGUGAGUGGGGAUCCCUAUGCUGAGUACGACUUGGAUGUCCCUUCCAAAAUCACGCCAAACGCUGCUCACCCCUCCAUGCCGCCCAUAUCCGCGUCCAUCACAGCACCCCUCAGCGCUCCCACCUCCUCUCCCUCCUCUCCUCCUUGUCGCCCUCCUCCUCGCCCUCGCUCCCCUCGCUCUGCUCCCCCUCUUCACCCGUCCAUAUUCGCGUCCAUCACAGCACCCCUCACCUCCUCUCCCUCCUCCUCUGCUCCUCGUCACCGUCCUCCCCACCCCACUUCCCCUCACCCUGCUCCCCCUGCUCACCCCUCCAUAUCUGCAUCCAUCACAGCACCCUUCACCCGCCCCACCUUCACCUUCAUCUUCCUCUCUACUGCCCUCUCCGCCCUCGCCUCUGCCGCCGCCCCCCACCCUCUCUCCCCUCACUCUGCCCCCCCUGCUCACCCCUCCAUAUCCGCAUCCAUCACAGCACCCUUCACCCGUCCCACCUUCACCUUCAUCUUCCCCUUCAGUUUCCUCUCCACUGCCCUCUCCGCCCUCGCCUCUGCUGCCGCCCUCGCUCCUCCCACCUCCUCGCCCUCCUCCAUGGCAACUGCAAUCGCCUUCUCCUUGGCUGCUUGCUCCGCCACUGAUGCAGAGAGCGUGGAGAGAGGCUUGGGGAGGGUGAGGGACGGGUCUGCUGCGAGCGCUGCUGGGGCCUUCACUAGAUGA